AUGGACCCAAGGCUUUACAAAUCUGAAACGUCAGGGGACAUUUGCUUCCUCAAACAACUUCUUAAUGACAAUCCAAGCCUACUAUAUCAACUUAAACCCCGAGAAAACACAGCCCUCCAUAUCGCCGGGCAAUUUGGACACAAGAAGGUUGUGGCUGAGAUUUAUAGCAGAUGCAGGUCCCUUCUCACACAGCAAAACUUAGAUGGAGAUACUCCCUUAAAUGUGCCUGCAAGGGUUGGUUGCUUCUCUAUCUUCAAUGAUCUGGUCAGAGAAAUUCAUUCCAUGUCACAGACAGACUUCAGGAAUGAGAAUAACGGCAUGUUUGAGACACUGAGAAUGGGAAAUGGGGGGAGCAACACAGUUUUACAUGAAGCUGUGAGGAAUGGUCACAUUAAAUUGGUUGAGUUCUUGCUUACAAUGGACCCUAAAUUGGCGACUGUUGAAAAUGAUGCGGGCGAGUCUCCAUUGUAUCUGGCUGCAAGAGGAGGAAUGUUUGAGAUUCUGAAUCAGAUUUUAAAAUCAACUGCAUCAUCAGCUCAUGGCGGGUCAGAUGGCCAAACAGCUUUGCAUGCUGCUGCUAUCGAGAAGCAUUUUGGUACGUCAUACUUUGGCCCAAAUGCUCUUCACAUGGCCAUCGUUGGUGGCCAGGCAAAUGUGGCCAGAAAAACCUGGAUUGUGUAUUACUUGAUGUGGGAUGGAAGAGUGCAUCAAAGUUCCAAGAACAAAUGUGGUCAAGCAGCAUUUGACAUUGAUAGGUCAAUUAAAGAGUCCAGGAUUACAUCUCCCAGGACCAUUAUCCCAGACAUUUGGGGACGUCUUGGUACCCGAGAUUCAUGUUUAGACAACAUCAAGAUUUCCCCAAGAGCAGAACAAGAAGAAGCCAAUGCAGUGCAAACUUACAUGCAAAUGGGUCAGACCCUUAUGAUGGUUACAACUCUUAUCACAACCGUAACAUUUGCAGCUGCCUUCACAAUGCCUGGAGGCUACAACAAUGAUGUAGGACCAGACCAAGGGCAGGCGCUUCUGCAGUCAAAUAAUGAUUUCAAGUGGUUCAUCAUCACAGACAGCAUUGCCAUGACUUGCUCAAUAAUUGCAUCUUGCCUUCUGUUCUGGGGAGCUGUCAACAGCAACAAGUCCUCUUAUGUUUACUAUUUCACAAGUGCUGCAGCUCUUACAUAUAUUGCUCUACAAUCCACUGCAAUAGCAUUCGAAACAGGGAUUAAGGCUGUCAUGGCCCAUCAGCAAUUUGCCAAAACCUUGGAACUCAUAGUCGGAACUGCUUUUCAUGUUAGUACCUUCUUGUUUCUCUCCCAACUGGUGAAAACGCUUUCACUACCUGAAGCCUGCAAAUUCUUGAUUUCUCAUCUCUAUAAGCUCAGUUGCAAAAUUAAGAACAAGCAAUGA